AUGUCCUCUGUGGUCACAGAGGUCACAUUCCUGUGGGAAAAUCGCUUUGAAACUGCCGAACUGGGAUCCUGGGCCUCACUCCGCAGGCCUCGGAGCGGGCGUCAGAGCCAGGUUUUGCAGUCCUCUCGCCUCAGCUGCGGCCCCGCGACCACAAUUCCAGGUGCCCGCCAGGACCCUUCGAGCCCCGACAGCCCGGAAGCGCCUGACCACGCCUACCCACUGCGCCUGCGCGAGGCGCCCCCUCCGGCGAGCGGGGAGACUGGCGCUGGGCGGGCCGAGAGGCUCGUCGCGCCUGCGCGAAGGCCCCGGGGAGCAGCGUCGUUACUUUCCAAACGACUGGCGGGAACCGUUGGAGGCCGUGCGGUCGCCGUCUGGUCUGCCGGGCAGCAGCGCGCUCCCUCGUCCCUAGGCCUGGCCGUGGCGCCGCAGCUCUCCCGCGAGCAGAGGCGGAAAUCGUGGCCCAGUUCUUCUGAAGACCAAAAUGAUCUUUUGUACUGCAAGGUGCUAACACUUGAUAUAGAUGAAAAUCUACAUAAACCAGCAUAUCUCUCUGCAACAGAGGAAUUAAGCAGAUUCUUACAGGUUGAAAUGUUUAAAUAUGUCUUCAGAACACUCAUGGGAGAAACAGUAGCUCUGUCACAUUUUUAGCAACAAAACACUUAAAAGAAUAGCUGUCCAACAAAACUAAACCUGCUUGUGAAGUCCACUAGAGUUGAUCCCAUCCUAAAUUACUUGGCUACAUUAGUACAUUCGUAUAAAAAAGAGCAAAACAUAAC